AUCAAAUGUAUGGGAUUUUAUCAACAUCUGAAUGCACAUUUAUUACCAAAAGCAAAAAUGGUCAUGUAUGAAAAUGCUUCCUUUUCUAUUUAAUCAAGGUAGAUUGUAAAAGUGUAUGGUACAUCUAAAGUAUGAUAUUUAUCUAACUACAUAGAAAGGCAUUUAAUCACAUCUUAUCACAAACAGGAGAAAUGUGUUUUUCAGUAGACAGAAGGGAGUAUUAAAUACUAGUCACAAUCUACACAAUUAGAUAUGAAAUACAGCUUUUAGCUUGUGUUGAUAUUCUUGUAUGAAAACAGAAAAAACAAACAAAAAACAAAUCAGAAAAUAAUGAGUGUAAUAUCUCCAACUACAAAUCUGACCCGUGUUAAGGAUCUGGACAUGACAGUACAGUUCGCACCCGGAGAGAAAAAUGGCUACCGUUCGCGCCGCGAGAGAACAAAGACAAGGUUCGCGCAGUUAGCAUCUAGCUAAUGGCUAUCCUUCGCGCUGCGAGAGAACAAAGACAAGGUUCGCGCAGUUAGCAUCUAGCGCGGCCUAACGUUUUAGCUUUUAGCUCAGUGAUCUUAUAUAUAAACACAUCGACCUUAUAUAGAAACACAUCGACCAUAAACAAUUAAUCUUCCCAAAAUCACGACAGGUAGAUUCAACUACCUCACUUUUGUUAAAGAUGUGCGGAUGUUAGCACAGUAAGCGCAGUUAGCUUUUCGCUCCGGUUAAUGUUUCUUUAUAGAAAAAGCAAAGUCACCGCUGUUGGCUUAGAUCGCGGCCUAAUGCUUUACAUACCACCCAGACAGCACGGUCGGUCUUACCGACGUCGGCAAUUGGAGGGCACCAGCGGCAAAGUGUCGGCAGGGUUUUUUUCCCCCUGCACGCCAAAUACAACUUGUCAGUUUAGGUGGGUAAACCAUCGGCGGAAUGAGUCUAUGCCGCUCCAACAUGCAUGCGCACUCCGUAGAUCGGCUGAGGAACCGUUUUGCCGAUCCCGCUUGUUUUUUUCUUUCUUUUUUUUUCCUUCCAAAAGUGCUUUUGGCUGCCUAUCUACACAACCGUUAGUCUACAUCCAGCGACAAGUCGGCAUAAGGACGAAGGCAAUGUUCAGUCCCACGCACAUUCCUGAUCCUGUCCAGUGUACAGCUCCAACACAGGAAAGCCUAUAUCUUAUAGUGGCCUUCGAUGAAGGAGCGAGUGGACCGGUUGCAAGGGAAUGGUUUACAGGCAAAUAUGAUGGAGGCAUGGCUUGGUGGCCUCCAUAUAAAGACUCAUACAAAAUACUCCAAAGUGUUUUAAAGAGGACUUCACCUAACCCAUCUAAAGGAUGGAAACAGUACUCUUGUCAAGUACUACAUGAGACAAACUGCUUUGAAAGUGUCAGUAAGAGAUGGGGCCUGUCCUGCCACACCUCUGAUCUGAAUACGGACAAAGAGGAGCUGCCAGCAGUUCGUCAGCGGAAAAAACCAUCGCGACUUAGAUCAUCAUCACCAUCACCACCAUCAUCCCCUGCAUCGUGCCCUUCAUCAGACACCCAAAAUGCACCACAAACAUCACAGGCAAAGAAGAAAAGGAAAACGCACAACAAACCUUCCAAAAAAAUCCCCCCCCCCCCCCCCCUCCUACCUAUGGCUGGAAACAACAUCAGAGCUGUGACAAACACGGAGCAACCUUCUGUAGCCCACCCAAGUUUCCAUCAAAGGAGCAAGCCUAUGUCAGUGAGAAGAAAGCUGGCCCACCCUCCCACCUCUCGUUUAACUCCUCCAGCCCAUCCCACAUCAUCGUAUAGUGAAAAGACGGCAGUUAAUACUCAAGAAGAGGUGCCGGGACUGGAGGACUGGAGGACUGAAGACUUUCCUGACUUGACACCAGAUAAUAACGAAGGACUGUUGCAGCAGCCUCCAUGCCACCCUCUUCCAGAGCUCCUUCAAAGGACUAACGAUAUGAUUACAUCAGUGAAUGAGGACCUUCUUACUGAAUGUAAGUUUCCGUUAAAUAUGUUAUGUAUUGGGUCUUUAAACUUGUGGCUGUAAGCACACUUGAAAAGUUUGAGAGCAAAAAGCCUACUUCCUGUUUGGCAGUUUCACCAUCUAAUUUUAUCAUUUCAUAGUGACAACUGUUAAUUGGCAGCAGGAAGCUGAAUAUGAAGGGUUGGGCUCUCCUGAACGUAAGUUAUUUAGCAUGCAGAUGGAGAAAACACACACACACACAAAAUACACAGCACAGUCCAAGGCGAAACCAGUCGCUUUGGUAAAAUUUAGAAAAUUAAGUUAUGGGGCUCUUUCUUCUUAUUAGUGGUGCUGUGCUCCGCACAGCCCUCUAUAGGCCCCUCUUGCUUUGCUUUAGUGGGGUCCCAUUUCCUCGUCCCAUUCAUUCCUUGUGGGCAACUUUUCACAGUUUUUCGCGACUGAUGUCGCGAAAAAUUGAUGUUCUACAGAGUUGCAUAAAUGCAUACCUAGUCCAGUCGAGCCGCACGUUAAAUGAAUGAAAAAUUAAUCAUUAAAUAUGGUUUAAAUGUUGGGAAAUAUACAGUGUGUGUGUGUGUGUAUUAAACUGACUCAUUGAUUAAUCUGUCACUCUCUCUUCUUAUUAGUGGUGCUGUGCUCCGCACAGCCCUCUAUAAGCCCCUAUUGCUUUGCAUUAGAGGGGUCCCAUUUCCUCGUCCCAUUCAUUCCUUGUGGGCAACUUUUCACAGUUUUUCGCGACUGACGUCGCGACUGAUGUUCUACAGAGUUGCAUAAUUGCAUACCGAGUCCAGUCGAGCCGCAUGUUAAAUGAAUGAAAAAUUAGUCAUUAAAUAUGGUUUAAAUGUUGGGAAAUAUACAGUGUGUGUGUUUGUGUCAAUUUGUGUGUGUGUGUGUGUGUAUUAAACUGACUCAUUGAUUAA